AUGUCUGAAUUAACAAAAGAAGAGCGUCUUGCAAUUUGGGGUCCACGAAAGAGAAGCAAAAACAAAAGUGGUGGACACAAAGAUCCACAGAAGAAAAAAGAGUUCAAUGCACUUUAUCAAUUUCGAAAGAGUUUACCAAUAUGGAAAAGUAAAAAGCAAAUUAUCGAACUAAUUGCAAACAAUCCAACAACUAUACUCGUUGGUGAAACAGGUUGUGGUAAAUCUACACAAGUUCCACAAUUUUUAGUAGAUUCAUUCGAACUAAAAGGAUGCAGAGUUGCAGUUACGCAGCCACGUCGUGUUUCAGCAACAAGCUUAGCAGCACGUGUUGCUGCAGAAAGAAAUUGUGAAGUUGGCUCUUACGUUGGAUAUUCUGUUAGAUUCGAUAACAAAUCAUCACCAAAGUCAUACAUUAAAUACGUUACUGAUGGUAUGCUAUUGCGUGAAAUUUUAGUAGAUAAUGACCUUAGCGCAUAUAAUGUUGUUAUUUUAGAUGAAAUUCACGAAAGAACCGUCCAAACUGAUCUUCUUAUCGGUUUACUACGCGAUUUACAAGCAAGGAGAAGUGAUUUGAAGCUGAUUCUCAUGUCUGCUACACUCAAUUGCAAAUUAUUCGUUGAUUUCUUCAACGGACCACCAAUUAUUCAUGUAGAAGGUCGUACAUUCAAAGUAGCAAUCAAAUAUACUGAUGAACCUCAAACAGAUUACAUAGAAGCCACUACAACCGCUGUUUUACAGUUAAAUGAAGAAUGCGACAAAGGAGAUUUUCUUGUUUUCCUUACUGGCCAAGAAGAAAUCGAAGAAGUUAUGGAGACAUUGAAAACAGAAGAGACAUAUCCUCCUCUCAAAGUGUUACCCUUAUAUGCAGCACUUCCUAUGUACCAACAACAAGAAGUCUUCAAUCCUGUUGACGAAGGCACGAGAAAAGUAAUUUUGUCAACAAACAUUGCAGAAACAUCUGUCACAAUUCCUGGCAUCAAAUAUGUCAUUGACAGCGGCUUAGUUAAAGUCAAGACAUACAAUCCUGUCUCAGGAAUUGAGAUAUUAGGUGUUACACCAUGUGCAAAAGCACAAGUUGUUCAAAGAGCUGGUAGAGCUGGUCGUGAAUCAGAAGGAAUUGCAUUUAGAUUGUUUACUGAAGACAGUUUCUUUGAUUUGAAAGAUCAACCAGUUGCUGAGAUAAGAAGAGCCGAUUUGAGCUCUGUUGUCUUGCAGUUAUUCGCUUUGGGAGUGAAGAAUCCAAUGACAUUCGGAUUCCUCGAGAGACCACCAACAGAAAUGAUACAAGCAUCAAUACAACAAUUGUGGUCAUUAGGAGCUUUGACACCUCAAGGAGAAUUAUCUGAUGAUGGAAAAGUAAUGGCCAAUUUCCCAAUGAAUCCAAAGAUGACUAAGAUAUUAUUACUCGCAUGCCAGAGUGGCUGCGGUGGCUCUGCUUUGACAUUACUUGCAAUGAUGUCUUGUGAGAAUUUAUAUGUUCAACCAGCGAACAAAAGAAAAGAGGCAAGAAAUGCUCAUUCAAUUUUCAUCCAUGAAACAGGAGAUCAUGUUACAUUGAUCAGAUUGUAUGAAGCAUUUGCUGCUACUCCUAAAGAGAAACAAAAAGACUUCUGCUUUGAGAAAUUUGUCUCGUUAAGAGCUCUCCAAUUCGCUGUAAGUGUUAGAUCACAAUUAUUGGAAAUUGCAGAACAACAAAAAUUAAAUGUUCAAGAUGCAGAUGAAGAAAACAGAUUUUUGUUGAUUAGACAAGCAAUUUCUAUUGCAUGCCCAGAGAAUGUUGCAACACAGAUAUCAGGAGGAAAGUACAAAUGUGUUCUUGAUGGAACAGAAAUCUCCAUUCACCCAAGUUCAUUCGCUUUCAACAAAGGAAUGAAAACAAUUGUAUUUUCGGAGAGAGUUCAAACAAAGAAAUUGUAUGCAAGAUGGGUUAGUGCUUCUGAUGAAAAAUGGACAGAUUUAGUUGCACCAACAUUAACUGAAUAA